AUGCAGGAAACCAAUAGCGCUGCUACGACAGAAACACCAAAAUCGACAACAAGAGUCGCUUACAUCCGCACUAUUCUCGAUAAAAAGUCUAUAGGAGAGCAUACCGAAACUGACUUGGUCAAUCUAAAUUCAUGGCUCUGGACGUGGGUUGGGCAAAAUGUUCCUUGGGACCCAUGGGGUAGUGGUCGUAAAAACCGCACAAAACCUCCACCAGACCUUCAUCAUCACUAUGUUCUCGGCUAUUCUACUGGUGCAGAUCAUAUUAUACUGGAUUGGCUUCUUAAGAAUUCUGAACCAAAGUACGCCAGGUUAUCCCGGUCUGACUUUACGGUGUAUCUUUCUACUACUCAGAUGAAAGAUCCCGACAACAAAGAUCUUCUUCAACGGCUUGCAUCUGAGAAUGUGACGAUCAAGAAAAUCACAACUUCAUCCGAUGAGUACCCAUCAGAUGACAUGUGCGACUCAGUUAUGCUCUCUGAAAGCGAUUACAUUCUCGACACGACUCUUCAACUCGGCCCAAAUAGCUGGUUAUCAACUGACGCUCUCUUCCGUGACUCCCUCCGCCACGGUCAUCCGCAACGCUACAAAACCGAAGAACUUAGCAAUUUCUACUACGAAAACAGACUGAAGAACAAAAUGGGCCAUACAAUGAAGUCUUGUCAAUACCCACACGGUAAAUCUGAUCAAUGGAAGCAGUACCACGAAAUACAAUGGAGAGUUUAUGAAUGUCCGUCUUGCGGGCAACGUUGCAAGAGGAGCAAAGGGUGCAAGAAUACAGGUGAGGAUUGGGCUGCGGAUAGGAAUAAGUAUAGGAAUGCUUGGAUGGAGGGGUUGGAUUUGUCGGCGGCCAGACCACCUGAUUUUGAGAAAUACUGGAGAAUCUUAAGUGUAAAUGAUGUCGUUUAUUACGGUGGUGAUAGUUUCAGCAAAUGGAACUGGAGAUCUGUUGAUACGUUCUCGGGGGAUUGGAAACGAGAGUGA